AUAGAUUUUGACAGCUCUCGCGCGUUUCGCCGCCGCAUCCGCAACGAAAUCGCAAAACAAAGCUUGAAAUCAAUUUUUGCUUGCUGAAUUUCCUCGCUAAUUACGCGAUAAUUUCGUCACCUAAAAUCUCAAAAUGAACGCACCACCUACCUUCGAAUCGUUCCUGCUGUACGAGGGUGAAAAGAAAAUCAUCAAAGAGCUCGACACCAAGGUCCCGAACGCGGCGAUCUUCACCGUUAACAAGGAGGACCACACGCUGGGCAACAUGAUCCGCAACCAGCUGCUCAAGGACCCGAACGUGCUGUUCGCCGGCUACAAGCUGCCCCAUCCGCUCGAGCACAAGUUCGUCAUCCGCAUCCAGACGACGUCGGACUAUUCGCCCCAGGAAGCGUUCAUGAAUGCCAUCACGGAUCUGCUGUCGGAGCUGUCGCUGUUCGAGGAACGCUUCCGGGAGGCUUACAAGGACAAGAAGGAGGGCGGGGACUAGAGUUUUUUUUCUUUUUUUUUGUGAAUAAUUGAACACGAUUAGGUUAUUUAAAGUAUUUUUUAUUUUUCUGCUAUCUAACUUGACUCUAAAUAAUGUCUAAGAUUUACAAAUAAAGAGAAAAUCAACUGCUGUUAGCUAUUGAAA